AUGCAGGUGUCUACCCAGGUCAUCUACCAAAACAACCUACAACAAUCAAAGAAUCUUAGGAUCUUCCCCAAUGGAAAAAGGAAUUGUUACACAUUAAUGCCCGAUAAAGGAAAGGGCAACCCAUAUUUGGUCAGGGCUUCAUUUUGGUAUGGGAAUUAUGAUGGGAAGAAUCAAACCCCAGCAUUUGACCUCCAUAUUGAUGUUAACUAUUGGAACACGGUGAACUCUUCGUCUUGUAUAAGCAAAGAGAUUUUUUACACUCCUCCAAGAGAUUAUAUACAAGUUUGCUUGGUGAAUACUGGCUCGGGAGUUCCAUUCAUAUCAGCUCUCGAGUUGCGGUUGAUGAAUAACUCGACUUAUCAGAUCAAUUCCGGUGCACUUUCUGUAAAUGACAUGCAUCCAGAAGAUGUAUGUGAUCGCAUCUGGAACAAUGAGACUUAUAGCGGAGGUUUGUCGUCAGUCAGCAACACGACGGCCAUUGCGACAAGUACAAGCAAUGAUGCCUAUAAGGUUCCGCCUGAAGUUUUGAUGUCCGCCAUACAAGCACAAAAUGUCACUGAUCCUCUGAGUUUGUUUUGGACCUCAAACGACUCCACUAUUGUCUGGUAUAUAUACUUCCACUUUGUGGAAUUGCAAAUGCAAAAGGAUCAAUUCAGAGAACUCACAGUGUACGUACAAGACACAUUCGUGAAAACUAUCAUGCUCAAGAACCUAAAGCCAAUGACCAUAGCUUCAUUGCCCAUAAGUGAACAUAAUUUGAGCUUCACUAUUAAUGCGACAGCCCACUCUAGCCUGCCACCGCUCCUCAAUGCCAUCGAGUUUUUCACUACGAUGCAGCUUCCAAAUUCACCGACUUUUCUUGAUGACCUCAAUGCCAUGUAUGACAUCAAGAAAACAUAUGGGGGUAUUAGAGCAAGCUGGCAGGGUGAUCCAUGCAUUCCUACACAGUACUCAUGGAAUGAUCUGAAUUGUAGUUCUAAUAGUUCUCCAAGAAUCAUCUCAUUGAACCUGAGCUCUAGUGGACUGAAAGGACUGAUAGCUACAUCGAUCUCCAAUUUGACAGCAGUUGCAUCCCUGGAUUUAUCCAACAAUUCAUUAACUGGGUCCGUGCCAGACUUUUUAGCACAAAUGCCGAACUUGAAAGUUCUGAAUUUAAGUGGAAACAACUUGAAUGGCUCUGUUCCUCAAACUCUCUUGAAGAAGACGACAGAUGGAUCGUUACUACUUAGCUUAGAUGGAAAUCCAAAUCUUUGCCAAUCAGACAACUGUCAGACCAGCAAUGUGCAGCCGAAGAAAAAGGGCAUCUCUAUUGCUCCAAUCAUUGCAUCAGUUGCAGCCGCUCUGGUCUUGAUUUUAGUGGGAGCUCUUGCAGUAUUGUGGAUAAUCAAAAGAAGACAAAUCCAAAAUGUUACUACUACUACUACAGCUACAAACUCUACCAGAGGAGAAUCUACUGGGACAUUGAGGUUGUCAAAAAAUCAACUUUUUACAUCCACUGAGAUUACAAGAAUUACUGAUAACUUUGGAACAAUAAUCGGAGAGGGAGGAUUUGGGAAAGUUUACUUGGGCAGACUUGACAAUGGCACUAAAGUCGCGGUAAAAUUGUUAUCUCGAUCAUCAAAGCAAGGCUACAAGGAGUUUCAUGCAGAGGUGCAACUCCUGAUGGUUGUUCACCAUAGAAAUCUAGUUUCACUUAUCGGAUAUUGCGAAGAAUUUGAAAACAUGGCACUGAUUUAUGAAUUCAUGUUCCAUGGAAAUGUUCAACGACAUUUGUCAGCAGCACAAAGCCCGAAUGUUUUGAGUUGGAGCCAGAGACUACAAAUCGCAAUCGAUGCAGCUCAAGGUUUGGAGUACCUGCAUAAUGGUUGUAGACCUCCCAUUGUCCAUAGAGAUUUAAAGACGUCGAAUAUUUUACUAAAUGAAAACAUGCAAGCAAAGAUUGCUGAUUUUGGAUUAUCGAAAGCAUUUGCAACAGAGCAUGAUUCUCACAUUUCAACUCACGUAGCAGGAACGUUUGGUUAUCUUGAUCCAGAGUUUUAUACAUCUGGAAACUUGAGCCAGAAGAGCGACGUGUACAGCUUCGGCGUAGUUUUAUUUGAGCUAAUCACAGGACGCCCGGCCAUUAUGAGAAGUCCAGAGGGCAGCAGCAUGAACAUACUUCACUGGGUGACUCCACUCAUAGAAAGAGGGGACAUCCAAAGCAUUGUCGAUCCCAGGUUAAAUGGCCAAUUCAGCAUCAAUUCUGCAUGGAAAGCGGUGGAAAUAGCCAUGUCGUGUGUGCCGAUUAUGGCAGUCCAAAGGCCGGACAUGAACCAUGUUUUGUCAGAACUAAAAGAAAGCUUGACGGCAGAGAUCGGUUCAGGAAGAAUUGAGUCUCUUGAGAUUACCUCAAUUGACGUUGAUAUCACUCCAGGUGCUCGUUAA